AAUAAAAGACUCAACGGAGUGGAAAGGGUGUACGACAUACAGAUACAUCAAGCAGCCUGUGAAUGUUUCCUGUGUUGGAAAUACAAGUUUAUCACUUAGAAGAGCAUAUGACCCAAGUUGUGUUGUACGCAGUGAUAGAGGUGAUCGAAUAACUGUGUGUCCUGUGCGCCAUGGGCCUUUUCUAAUUCAAGGUGUAAACUAGCGAAGAACAACGGGAAGGUUUAGGUGUCGUUUUUGUCAGGACUGCACCAAAAUGGACCUGUAUACAGUCUACGUUUUCGUGUUUCUUUUUGUGACAACUAAAGCAUUACCGAGUGUAACGGCUGAGUGCUCGGAAAACAUGGGUAAUUACGUCAUGAAAGCAGAAGUGGUCAUUCCAGACACAGACCCCUUUGAGUACAUUACAUUUGUUAAAGAUGGACAGGAGUUGGACGGCUGCAGCACACAAAACGGACAGAUUACAGGAACAGGAACAACUGGCAACCCUUACACUAUUACUAUUACCAUAGACCCAAAUACUCCUGACGUCGGUUCCGUUGACUGCGGAUUUGUGCGCGUGGACAGAAACUACACCUGGAUAUUGAAAACUGUGCAAACAACGCCUCCAGUUGGAGAGGGUUUGACUUACAAUUUUCCUAUCAGAUGCGAUUAUAGUGAUCCUGCCUCUGUCAUUAUGGUCGACGGCACAGGCGAAAACGUUACACGAGUAGAACUGAAUCACGUAACUAAGACCGUAGAGCUUAGCGUUGUCAAGGAUGACAUGACAGAAUAUGCUGCGGGUGAGCCUUACAUGCUCGGUGACAGGGUACGACUAAGAAUUCAUGUCAUGGAAGAUGGUACGGGAGUUUAUGGUUACAGUUGUGAUGCCUGUAACACGCCGAAUUGUGGCGACCUGGUCUAUCCACUUGUUGAUGAGGAAGGGUGUGAGACGCCGUCAUUUGCAUCAAUCCUUAACGGUGACGUCGCAGACACUCCAGUCGGCACGUUCAUGGUUCCGGGUAAUAACGGGUUAAAAGGGAUGGCUUUUACUAGAGAAUUCUCUCUCUUUCGCUUCGCUCUUACAAGUGAAGUCUACUUCAGAUGCAACUUGGGAUACUGUGAGGAUGAAGCCAAUGGUUUCUGUUCAAAUCACUGUGCUGUGGUAAGAGGUCUCCGAAGGCGAAAGCGGUCUUCCGAUAGGGUCAUUUCCGGUGACUGGAUGGUUAGCGUAAUAACUGUGACUGGAGAAGAUGGAGGGCAUGUCAUUGAUCACCCUGAUCGACCGAGCAUUGGAGACUAUUCAGAAGUGAAGCAUUGUUUGCAGGAGCCUGAAUACAUCGGAGUACUUGCCGUUUUGGGAACAGGGUUUCUAGGAUGCAUUGUGGUUGGAUCAUUAAUAAGCCACAAGCUGAACUUGAAAUAAAAUUUAAAAAUGCAAGAAGAAUAACGGACAUAAAAAUCUUUUAAUGUAACUUUGAAUGUUAUAUGUACACAUGUAACUAUAUUUUACUUACCGUGGGCAGGACUGGAUAUAAAAUGUGAACAUGUGAUCGAUUUUUAGGACUUGCAAAAACAUUUUUGAUUUAUUGUUUCCAUUGUCGCUACAUUUGCAUUACUUUCUUCUAUGCCUUGACUAAGAAAUAAUAAAGUUUACCUCAGUCACAAGCAGGCUAAAUCUA